AUGCCGCCGAAAACAGCAGCGGCACCGCCCCCAAUGGCGAAGCAAUCAACACCAAAGACGAUGUCUUCUCGUCUCAUGACGAUGAAGUUCAUGCAGAGAGGCGCAGCGGUAGCGGCGGCGGCAGCGGCGGCGGGCACUCCGGAAGCUGGCUCGCCCGUGACCCCAAGGACUGACGAUGGCUCUGCCAAGCGACGGAAGGUUGCCCACAGCCCAUCGGCAGCCAGCUCGCCAGCGACACCACUCUAUGACCAAAAAGCAAUUCAAGCUGCGAUUGAGGAGGAAGAAAAGAAGCGCAAGGCGGCCAUAGAAAAACGGGCAGCCGAGCUGGGUGAUUCGCACUGGGUGCUUCAAGGCGCGUUGACACUGCCGAAAACCGGCCCUCGCGCGCUCCUGGACGUUGUUCCAGUCGGCUUUGCGCAGAUCGACUCCGCAGGCACGUCGGGAGAGGCUGACGACCCGUUCGACAUGGGCAGUAUGCCUGUCCAGCCCCAGAUCAAGAGAUUCAACAUGAAGAAAUCAAAGGCAUGUCUACGAAGAAGAGUUACCAAGGCAGCGGGCGACAGAAGCAGCAGCAGUGGCUCUGAUUCUGACUCCGACUCCGGCUCUGAGGAAGACUCUGGAGAUGAGCGCUCGCCGGUCUCAACCGGAGAGCCCGGCCGGGGCCGGCGGAUUACCCUGGCCGACGAAGAGCGGAAGCGGGCCAGAUCCAGUGUGUCUCGCAGAAGAGAAGAAGAACGGAGGAAGGCGCAGCAGCUUGCCGGAAAGCGGCGGAAGAAAGAGAUCAAGUUGAACAAACUGACCUCGAUAUCUUCGGCAGGCGGGCAGGAUUUUGGCCGGCCCUCUUCAACAACCUUUUCCUGCCACGGCUGUGGGAAAACCGGUCACAAAGUUGCCGAUUGCCCGAAGAAACGGCGCUAA